ACUACUGGAAUGAUACGACAUCUAAGAAGCUGCCAUGUGCAAGAAUAUCAACAAGUUCAAGAAGCUCGUCAGUCAACACUCAUCCUGAAAAUGGGUAGCCCACUAACGGGUUUCUACACUUGCUUAAAGUUGCGUAAUGUAAGGAUUUCUCGCCAUGACGUCAACGAUACCGUUGAGAAACGCAAGCCGCUCUAUGGCCCGCCCGCUUCUCCACAAAUGCAGCAAACGAGCGAUGGACCGCUUUCAUACCAUUCAAAAUGGUCUCGACGGACCGGUUCACCGUGGUUGUCCAGCAUUAGAGCGCGUCUUGUUGAACAAAGACUGCGCAAGCUAGGCUGCGUACGCACACUUGUAAACCUUGACGCAGCGUAUUUUUUUCGAAACACUAGGCAAUUUCGCAUUGCUCUAUCUUCCCCUCUCAGCUAUCCAAGUCUAAGCACCCACUUUUACCAGUGCAUAUUCAAAUUAAUCGAGACAAAUUUGAAAGCGGAUAAUGAUUGCGAAGCAGAAGACGAAGAGAAAGCUCGUGCUCAGUUGUUACGGGAGAUGAACACUCAAGUCGCAUCGACAAUGGUCGCUCAUAUAACUAAGAAAACCUCCCCGGAACCUCAGAAAAGUCCUUCCGCCUCUUCCUCAGCAAGUGACACUGCGUCCUCUGUAGCGUCAUCAUUGUUUGGAUCAUCCCUACCACCUCUUCCUCCACUUUCUAUAGCACCUGCAGGCCUACCGGCGCCAAAACCCGUCAAAAUUUUUGCGCAACCGGUGACAAUCAAAUCGGAAGCUACGGAGGUUGAAGAUGAUAUCCACGAACCUACCGACCUUAGUGCAAAAACAUCGGCUUUCGCUGCGCUUGGACAGAAAAAGCGUGCACGAGAAAUCUGCCGGCUACAAAACCGUCAUCGUCUAACGGAAUUUGGCGUAGAAUCGGCAGAGAUGUGGGCAUUUCAGUCUGUGGGAGGUUGA